AUGACAUCAGUCGAAUCCCGAAUAUUCGCCAUCACUGGCGGCGCCUCCGGCAUUGGCGCGGCGACCUGCCGCCUGCUCGCUGAACGUGGCGCUGCGGUUCUGUGCGUCUGCGAUAUCUCGUCCAAGAACUUCGAGGAUCUCAAAGCCUCACUCAAGAAAAUCAAUCCAUCGACAAAAGUCCAUUGCGCUACAGUUGAUGUGACCUCCUCCGUGGAAGUUCAGCAAUGGAUCGAGGGCAUCAUCUCUGACUUUGGAGACCUCCAUGGAGCCGCCAAUGUAGCCGGUAUAGCUCAGGGUGCUGGCAUGCGACAUACCCCCACGAUUGCAGAGGAGACGGACGAAGAGUGGACCAGGAUCCUGAACACUAACCUGAACGGCGUGUUCUAUUGCACGCGCGAGGAGGUGCGUGCCAUGAAGGGUCUCCCUGCCGGAGACAGAAGUAUUGUCAACGUUGGCAGUAUAGCGGGCGUUUCUCACAUGCCGGACGUGUAUGCGUACGGGACCUCAAAGGGAGCCUGUGCCUAUUUCACAACUUGUGUGGCUGCGGAUACGUUUCCCUUGGGGAUUCGGGUCAAUAACGUCUCUCCAGGAGUCACAAACACGCCAAUGCUUCCUCAGUUUGCUCCUAUGGCGAAGACAUUUGAAGAAAUAGAGGAGUCAUACAAAAAGGAGGGGCUAUCGUUGAUUGAGGCCGAGGAUGUGGCUAGAACCAUUGUUUGGUUACUGAGUGAGGACUCACGGCCGGUAUAUGGGGCGAAUAUCAAUGUCGGUGCCUGCAUGCCGUAG